AUGACGUGGGCCAUAUGGACCCGCUUCUGGCGCCCAGCAGGGGGACCCGCGGCGCGCCCCUAUCCCUCGCGCACUGGCCACGGCCCGACGGAGCAAGGCACUGCCUGCAGCCGCUGUGUGCACCGGGUCGACCAGCUUGCUCCGACCUGCGCCUCCACCGCAGCACCCGCAGCCAGAGCCGCGCUCAGCAUGAUGCCCGGGGCGCCGCUCCUGCGGCUGCUGACCGUGGUCUCUGCGGCAGCGGCGGUGGCCGGAGCACCCGGGACGGUAAUGCCCCCCACCACGGGGGACGCUACCCUGGCCUUCGUUUUCGACGUCACUGGCUCCAUGUGGGACGACCUGAUGCAGGUGAUAGACGGCGCCUCGCGCAUUCUGGAACGCAGUCUGAGCCGCCGCAGCCAGGCCAUUGCCAACUACGCGCUGGUGCCCUUCCAUGACCCAGAUAUUGGCCCAGUGAUCCUCACAGCGGACCCUGUGAUGUUUCAGAGGGAGCUGAGAGAACUCUAUGUGCAGGGAGGUGGUGACUGCCCGGAGAUGAGUGUGGGGGCCAUUAAGGCUGCCGUGGAGGUUGCCAACCCCGGCUCCUUCAUCUACGUCUUCUCGGAUGCCCGCGCCAAAGACUAUCACAAGAAGGAAGAGCUGCUGCGUCUCCUGCAGCUCAAACAAUCACAGGUGGUCUUUGUGCUGACGGGGGACUGUGGCGACCGCACCCAUCCUGGCUACCUGGCCUAUGAGGAGAUCGCUGCCACCAGCUCUGGGCAGGUGUUCCACCUGGACAAGCAGCAAGUGACAGAGGUGCUGAAGUGGGUGGAGUCAGCGAUCCAGGCCUCCAAGGUGCACCUGCUGUCUGCAGACCACGAGGAGGAGGGAGAGCACACGUGGAAACUCCCCUUUGACCCCAGCCUGAAGGAGGUCACCAUCUCAUUGAGUGGGCCAGGGCCUGAGAUUGAAGUCCAAGAUCCACUGGGGAGGAUCCUGCAGGAGGACGAGGGCCUCAAAGUGCUUCUCAACAUCCCUGACUCGGCCAAGGUCGUAGCCUUUAAGCCUGAGCAUCCCGGGCUGUGGUCCAUCAAGGUCUAUAGCAGUGGCCGCCAUUCCGUGAGGAUCACAGGCGUCAGCAACAUUGACUUCCGAGCGGGCUUCUCCACUCAGCCCUCGCUGGACCUCAACCGCACCCUCGAGUGGCCUUUGCAAGGGGUCCCCAUCUCCCUGGUGAUCAAUUCCACGGGCCUGCAGGCACCCGGCCUCCUAGACUCGGUGGAGCUGGCACAGAGCUCAGGGAAGCCCCUCCUGACCCUGCCCAUGAAGCCCCUCUCCAAUGGCUCCACCCACCAGCUGUGGGGCGGGCCGCCCUUCCACACCCCCAAGGAGCGCUUCUACCUCAAGGUGAAGGGCAAGGACCAUGAGGGAAACCCCCUCCUUCGUGUCUCUGGAGUGUCCUACAGUGGGGUGGCCCCAGAUUAA